GGUACAAACGCCUCGAUUACACGUCGUGAACAUCGAUUUCUGAUAUUCAACCAGCCAUCCGCUCGGCAUUCACACACCUCAGACACAAUGAGCAGUCUGAUAAUAGGCAGGAUCGGUCUCUGUCAGCGUGCAGUGAUUGGCAAUGCAUCGUGUCUGGGACUUUUGCAGACGAGACUGCGUCGGGGUCCAUUGAAUGCUGCUUUCCGAGCAGGUUUGGCGCAGCCGUAUUCAACAGACAAGCAGGCAUCAGAUAAAGUGAACGAGAUCAGCAAGGAGAAGGCAGCUCCAAGUGCUAAUACUACUGGAGACAAACCGAAAAAACCACGGUCACCGCUCGUUAACUUCUAUGCUACUUUCACACUUCCGAUUAUCAAGGUGCUAGCGGUUGUUGCAGUCACGUUCUACACUCUGAGUUUUGUCAAAUACUAUCUUGCGCAUUCUUUGGAGGAGGAGAAAAAGGAGGUGUGAUAAUAUUGAAUCUGCCAUCUGGUUCUGCGGACAAGCCGGAUGUCAUCUUGGGAUGUAUGUUCUGAGGUAGUAGGACUUUGUAUAUAUCGAUCGCUUAAUCUACUGUAUCUCUGCGGGAUCAGCAGCUCAUCUUUAUGGGCACCCUGGCAUUCUACAACGCUAAUGGUGGAGUACACCCGAUCAAUCCUAUCAGGAUUUGUACAAGUCAAUUUACAGGCGCAGUCGGGUGGGCAUCGCAUGUAACUAGCCCGAGCAGACAAUUAUCAAUCAGCAAACUGAUGAAUGAAUGAAUGAAUG